CGCGAGCUCGCGCGUCAGUUCGAGCAAGAAGAUCACCUCAUGGACGACUCUGGCGGACAGCAUGUUCUUCACAAGAACGGGUCAGCCUCUGAUGAAGAUGAUGCUGAGGACGAAGAGUUCUCCAUCACCUGUGUCGCUUGCACCGAAGACGCUGUUUGGUUCGACAUUCUCGCGGCUCCUUGCAAUCACCAGUACUGCCGCGACUGUGUCACCGAACUUUUUCAGGCUUCCAUGAUAGAUGAGUCUUUGUACCCUCCUCGCUGCUGUCGUCAAGUCAUUCCUCUGGAGGACGCAAAGCUCGUGCUUCACCCAAAGCUUGUCAGAGAUUUUGAACACAAGAGCAUUGAACUGGACACUAAGGACAGAACCUACUGUUUCGACCCGCGCUGUUCUACUUUCAUUCCGAUCGACCACAUCACGGACAACAUCGCUAGCUGUGCCGACUGCGGAAGGAGAACCUGUGCAAUCUGCAAGGUUGCUGCUCAUCUUGGUGACUGUCCUCGUGAUGAGGCACUCCAAGAAUUCCUCCAGACUGCGGAUGAUCAAGGAUGGCAGCGCUGUUACAGCUGUCGCCGUGUCGUCGACCUUCGCACAGGCUGUAACCACAUAACCUGCCCUUGCGGUGCUCAUUUCUGUUAUGUCUGUGGAGCAUCAUGGGUUCCAAGAACAUGCGAUUGCCCUCAAUGGGACGAAGAGCGUUUACAAGAGCGGGCUGAACAGAUUGCCAACCGCGAUCCUCACCACAGACUUUACCGCCCACCUCAAGGUGCUUUGGAUCCUGGCCUUGCUCCCCCCGCUCGACCCGAUUAUGACCAUUUGGUCAACGCAAUUAGAGGUCGUCUCGAGCAGAACCACGAGUGUGAUCACGAGAGAUGGGUGUGUCGCCGUGAACCCUGUCGUUGCGAGGAAUGUAACCACCACCUGCAGUACUACAUCUUCGAAUGUCGCCAGUGUCACAUCCGCGCUUGCCAGCGCUGCCGCCGCAACAGACUUUGGAUCGGUUGUAGCAUUCCGACCUUUGUGCAGACCUCAAUUCAUGGGUUUUUAUAUCUUCAUACUCUCUCACUGGUCUCGGACUCUCCAAGGAUGUGUUGCUUGUAUCCUCAUCAUGAGCUCUUCACUUUUCUACUGGGUCUGGGACAAGAGCUGGAGACCCAGUGGAAGGAAGGAGGCUGUGAUUCAGGAUGGGUACUUGGGGGUUAGGAGUACAACCAUGUCGCAAGAAAGGAUUUUGUCUCCGCAGAGCGUCUCUUGAAGAGAUGGAAACUCUGUUUCGGUCGCCACCCCUCAUUCCUUGUCCGCUCGUCUACAGAAAUUGAACGGUGU